AUGCAAAUUCAUAUGGGCGCCACAACUAAACCAUUACUUAAUUAUCUGAGAAUUAGAAAAGAGGUGAAAGAAGAGGCACAACUGUUUCAUUUGAUUAAUGCUAAGUUUAUUCAAAACAUUGCAUUUGGUGUGUCAGACAUCACAGGAGUUUAUACAUUCAACCACUACUGGACGACUUAA